GGGCGACGCUCAACAUUCUUUGCUGCCUCACUCGUUAUCCAUGUAUUUGUAACCCUCUUGUGCUGGGGCACACAUGAGCCGGAGAAAACAGACGAGGUAGACGGAGCCUCACCGCGUCGACGAUCCGGCAAUUGGUGUCCUCAUUCGCCCGGCUUGUGGGACCUCAUUCAGCACCGUUGGGCAAACACACAAUACUGCAUUUGUUUGCUCUCUGUCCCACGGACGAAGAUGGGCAGCGAGCAUAAACAGCGCAUCAGUGGAGAGGUUUAUUAUUCCGAGGACUUAUAAGAUCGUCUCCUAUUCCAUUCAUUAUCGGGUUUCUUUCUCCAUCGUCCAUCUUUUAGCUUUUAAGCGGUGGAGUCGAUCAUCUCCGAGCACUAAAUUUAAGGACGACCCCGGCCCGCGUCGCCCUAUAAACAAAAGUCCGGUCGGGUUGGUUGGAGAGUGAUGAAUCGAAGGCAUCAUUGAUUACAGCACCUCGCCUAUCCGUUAGAGCUGUGUUGCUCAACCUUAUCUUGGACUCCAUUGUCGACAUUAUCUACAGCUAUAUGCGCGCCACGUCCGGCAGCAUACUUAGGGGAUGGUGGGCGGUAUGGUGAACGAAAAGGCGCCGGAUCAGCAUCCACAAACAUGGCGCAACGCCGAGGAGGGCACCAUCGCCCUCGACGACGGGGAGAAGAGUGCUGCCUUCGACUCAGCGCCCAUGUCGACGUCGAGACGGGUGGUCAAGGCUCUCUCAGACCGGCUCAGCUGGAUGCCUCCCUGGUGUCGUUAUGAUCCAAAGGCACCGCCUACUUUCUCCGUCUGGCACAACAUCCUGUUCGCCUUUGCUGGCGCCUUCACUGUGGGCAACCUGUACUAUAACCACCCGAUUCUCAAUAUCCUCGCCCAUGACUUCAAUGUGCCUUACGUGACUGUGUCGCGUAUUCCGACACUGAUGCAGGCCGGCUAUGCGACAGGAUUGUUGUUUGUGUGUCCGUUGGGCGACCUGCUGAAACGACGCCCGUUGACACUGGUGUUGAUCUUCUUCACCGCCACCAUGUGGAUCGGACUCUGCACCACACGGUCCUUCACCGCCUUCUGUGCCAUCUCAUACAUAUGUGCGAUCACGACCGUGAUACCGCAAGUUAUGCUGCCGCUCGUGGCCGAACUGGCACCGGCACAUCAACGCGCGCUGGCACUCAGCAUCGCAACCUCAGGCAACCUGUUAGGGAUUGUGAUUGCACGGAUCUUAUCCGGGGUAGUCACGCAAUACACGUCAUGGCGGAACGUAUACUGGAUCGCAUUGGGGCUGCAAUAUCUAAUCCUGAGCGCCCUGUGGCUCUUCAUGCCGGACUAUCCGUCAACCAACCCGGACGGACUGAACUACAUCAAAAUGAUCGGCGGGAUUGUCUUGUUAUACAAGAAACACGCGGUUCUGGUUCAAGCGGGCCUCAUCAGCUUUUGCAUCUCGGCUGCAUUUACCAGUUUCUGGACCACACUCACAUUUCUUCUGGCCGAUCCGCCCUACGAAUACAGUCCCGUGGUGAUUGGGCUAUUUGCCCUGAUUGGCAUCGCCGGGAUUUUGCUCGGACCCUUGUAUGCAAAAUACAUAAUCCAGCCGUUCGCGCCCAUGUUCGGCUGUCUGUUUGGCCUGGUUGCUAACUUGUUGGGCGUUGUGGUUGGCACAUACUCGGGCAAACAUACUGUCGCUGGACCAAUCAUUCAGGCGUUCACGCUCGAUAUGGGCCUGCAAAUCACCCAGGUCGCCAACCGGAGCGCCAUCGCUGCCAUCGAGCCUAAUGGCCGCAACCGUGUCAAUACUGCUUUCAUGCUCAUGACUUUCACGGGCCAGUUGACGGGCACUAGUGCUGGUGCAAAACUUUAUGAGCGGGGAGGCUGGGUCGCCAGCGGAAGUUUGAGUGUUGGGUUGGUCGGGUUGACUUUUUUGAUUUGUUUGGCUCGUGGGCCUUAUGAGCAGGGUUGGAUUGGGUGGUCGGGCGGCUGGGAUGUCAGGAAGAAGAAUCUCGCCGAGGCGACGGCUACAUCCAUGUCCGUGGGUGUAGGUGCAGGUGGGCAGGAGAAGCAGGUGCCGGUUGUGAUUCCGGUUGUGGUGGCUCCGACAGGAGAGACAUCAACGGCGACGAGUACGACUGAACAACCAGAGGAGGAGGAGGAAGAAGAAGAAGAAGAAGAAGAACCGAGUCCAUCUCAUGGGAAUAUGCCAGAGCCAAACUUGAAGACGCAAGAAAAGGAGGGAGAGACACAGAGACCGUCUGACUACGAGUCCCAUCCUAGAAACGAUGGGGAAAAUCAGACCUAGGUACAUUUAGAGGGCUUGGCUAGAGCUGAACGACUUUAUGAAUUAGAGAGGAAAUCAAGAUGUCAUUAUCACUACAAACUCAAUGACUCCGGUUAUGCAGACUGUCUACCCGGUCGCGACUCGCUAGCCCGCAGCGCAGCGCAGCGUCCGAACUCAGUUCGUACAAUUCAAGUUCAAAAGUUGUUGUAUGAGUCCG